UGCAAAUGUGUCCUAUUGUGUUUUAGACAGCUCCUGAGAAUGCAGCAGGUGAGAUGACUAACAAGUUUAUGCAGCAUCUGAUUGACAAUGUAAAAGAAAUGUACCCAGAAAUACUGGAUUCUUGCCAUUUUGUACCACCUGUCUACUUUAACAAAACUCGAUACAAAACGUAUUCUGUGGCAGACAAAGUUGUUUACAUCCCUGUCAUUCCUGAUCUAAAAAAUAAACAGGACAUAAGUAUUGUAAGACAUGACAUGGCCAUGCAACAUGUCCUGCACUGUCUACAUCACAUGGCGGAUCAAGAACAAGAAAAAAUGUUUGUCCUGACACAGUUUACCUACAGCGACUACCUGAACAACCCCGGUACUGACUUUCAACAACAUCGUCUACCUGUGCCGUCAGGUGUCAUACACAAAGAUGAUGACGUGUCCUGUGUGGACUUUGUCAUCGUGCACAGAGAACACGGGGUGUUGGUGGGGGUGGUGAAGGCGGUCAGUGACAAGGUGGAGGACAGUGACGAUGGUCAGCAAGACGAGGGAGGAAGUGUUGUCACAGCAGUGACUGAGGCUGUACAGCAGCUACAGAAGGUAAAUCGUGUGAUAAGACAUGUCAUGUCAGACCAGCUACAGUGUCCUACAGUUCGUCACACACUGAUACUACCCAACCUGCCCCGAGCCUUACUGCGCGGUGCUGUCGCAAAACAUACUGACCUGGUUGAGAAACUACGCUGGUGUUUAGAUGCUACAGCCUCAGAAGACCCCACUAACCAGUGUCCGUGUGUUGAGGACUUGUCACCACCGUCUACACCUUGGAACGUCAGGUCUCAUGUGGUCAACACGUUACGUGACCGCUGGAAGUGGACGAGAGUAAGAGUUGAUGAUGUCGUCAUGACGGAUGAUCUGUAUUUCACUGUGAUAGCCAGGUUGUGUGGCCCGGCGACACAGUCUACUCUAGACAUACAAGACCAACCUUACCUGCUGCCCAAGACUCUGGCAGAAGCUGUUUCACUGACAGGAGACCUGUACGAGCGAUGUACACUACAUCCAGACAUGGUAGCGAUGCUUAACGAGAAACGACUGUUUCUGGUCGGUCCCCAUAGCGACGAGAAAAUGCAAAUGUUGACCCUGGCCGCCAAGAGGUGGCUGUCACGAGGUCGCAAGGUGUAUAUUCUCUCCGAUUCUACAGAUACCCGUGACUCUAUGAUGUCUUUGUUGUGGAACACGUUAAUAACAAGUGGCGACCCAGAUGAGGCUCGUGACCCUCCCCGAGGUCACCUUAGUGUGGUGCAGUGCGAUCUGAGCAACAAGAACGAAGUUGAAAAAGAGCUGGAAAAACUAAACUUGAAGGAGGGCAGCAGUCCUUGUGUCAUAGUCCAAGACACGGUUGUCAACGGAUCGUUCUGUGAGACAGUGAGAGGCCGAUAUCCUGAUGUUUAUUUCUGGGCCACAAGCAGCACAAACAAGAAUGUACCAGAAGGAUGGACAUUGAAGACCUUCAUUAAGGCCCUCACCUGUCCCCCUGCAGUGGUCAGAGCAGUCUCAAAUGUAGCUGUCACUCAAGUCUCACCUGGUGAUGAUGGCAAACCUACCUGUCUACCUCCAACAGACGGACCACCAGUUAUAUAUUUUAAUCACGUUAAGGUUGGGUCAUGGGCAGUUCAUUAUUGUAAGGAUUGUUCAAAGGAAGUGGCUGACUUUCUUAUCAAACAUCUUUUUACAGGAAAUGUUACCGUCUCACCUGCACAUGACGUCAGCGCUACAAACACACAGACAACACCUGGGCACACGUCAACCACCUUGAACAGAGCGUCGAUCCUUCAGAAGAAAGAUGUUUUGGUUUUGUUUGAAAGUGAUAGAGACAGAAUGAAUCAGUUUUUGAUAGGACUGACAGAGUGUGGUAUUGCAGUGAGCACUUUAAAGAAUGUGAACGGCAAGUAUACAUUUACAGGACAACAUGAUUCUGUCCGCGCCAUGCACGUGGACCGACUACGAUGGUGCCCGGUAAGAAAGAAAGUCGUGGUGUACGUGGAAAAGCACCGAAGUCCUGGAGAUGUCUACAAAAAACGGCUGGUAAUCAGGACCUGUACAUCUCAGAUGAUUGUCAUUCGAGGGAAUCCCUGACUGUCUUGUAAUUUAUCUGAGUGUGUAUGUGUGUGUGUUUACCGUUAAUGUCAACCAGUGAGGACCAUCGUGUUUUACGCACUUAAAACAAUAAUAAUAAAUGUGUGAUGUGCAUAUCGCAUACCAAUGCUCACAAGAAUCCACACUCUAAGCGCUUGAGGAAAGAAUGAGACUUGGUCACCUUACGAAGGUAUGGAUGGAUGAAGAAAGGUACUAACGACCCAUUCAGAAAACGCAAAGAAGGUUUAUUUAAGAAGAACUAAGUGUCGAUGAUGAGGAAGACAAGUAAAGAAAAAGCAACAAACAUGAGAAAUGUAUUUUAUAGUGUGGACUGUUAGGAAUAAUACUUUACUAGGAAGUCAGUUUUCGAUGAACACUUACGAGAUUCAGCGGUGGAUAGUAGUCGGAUAAAGAAGGAUGUAGAAUGUUCUAUUGUGUUGCUGCACACUAACUAAAACCUGUGAUCGUAUGUUUCUCUUUUGGUGACAUAAAGAGUAAUUUCACGUCUAUUGGAUGCGAGUCUUGCUUAGCAGGCUAGAUGCUACGAUAAAAAUAUACAUUUCAUUAGACCUUU